GACUUACGGCGAUGAAAGUUGUGUUAUUUUUUGUCGGCAAAGUUGAUCAAUAAAAUAUUAUGAAAAAAAAGCACUUAAGUUGUAAAUUUUUGAUCGUGAUCUUAUCAACAUAAUACCUAGUCUCAUAAAAAUAUUUAUUGUUACUUGUCUGUAAUCACAUUCAAGGGAGGAACUUGUUACAAAUGGCUUUAUCAAACUGUAAUUCGUGGAUUGUUUUUUUCCUAUCAUGGCGAAUUUCUUCUUUAGUUUUGUGGUAAUGGCAUGACAUACAUACAUGAAUUAAGUCUGCAAAAUGUGUUUAAUGUUUUAGAUGUAGAUGAUGCUUUGUCAUAAAAAUUGAAAGACGUAAUAAAAAGUAAAAGAAAGCAGUGUUAGGAAUUUAGAAAGUGGAAAUAAUAACUAAAAAUCUUCUUUAGUUCUAUCGGUUUCGAAUUCCUUUUUUAAUAACGUUGUGACUGUUCACCUUAAAAAAAUAGAAAUGGAAGAAACAAAAUGUGAUGUGGAUGGAACCAUAAAAAAAGAAGGUCAUAUCAAAAUUAUGGACUUAUCGCAAAAUAAAGAGGCUGUAGCGAAUAUGGUAAUCAAAAGUGAGCCACCAGAUAUGCCAGAAGUGCUUGGAAUUAUAGAUAUUCUAAUGAAUGAUAAAGCAGAGUCAUCUACAUCAACAGGUAAAAAAAAGAAAAACAGAAAUCCAAUUAUACAGAGAAGGAAGAAGAUAAUGCUUUCUGAUGAUGAAUGGGAACCUGAGAAAAAAUCCACUACUGAAAAACCAACUAAAGAAGGUUCUUCAAAAGGAACUGAGGAAUACUAUGGGUAUGACAUCCUUAACCAAAUAGAGAUAGUGACAAUCACUGAAGAGGAACGUCUUGCUGAAUUGCAAGAAGCCUAUGAGUCUCGAAAACAUAUGAAUUAUAUAUGCAAGGGCUGUGCUGCUGGUUUUGUUGUGAAAGAUGCCUAUGAUGUACAUAUGAAGUUGCAUUCAAAGGAAUCGGGUGAAUUUGUCUGCGAAGUGUGCAAUACUUAUAUGAAGAGUGAGGAGACGCUUCAUCGUCACAAAUUGCGACAUUAUAGAAGAUAUAGGUGUAUGGUGUGCAGCGUGCGAUACAAGGACAAAGACGCAGUGGCAGGCCACGUAUCUUUUAUGCACAGCGGGAAUACGUUUAACUGCGACCAGUGCGGGUCUACCUUCAAGCGUCCGCAGUACCUUCGCCGUCACAUUGAACAGAUUCAUACCAAAUCUACUCCAAUGGAGUGCCCCAUCUGCCAACAGGUCUACUAUGAGAGUGGCUGGUACCGGAAUCAUAUUAGAAAACAUAACAAGGAAGUUCAGGACUCAAAAAUAGUGAAAUGUCCGGAAUGUGACCGGACCUUCAAACACAAAUCGUAUCUCAAGACACACAUGUUGACACACGAAUCAUGUGAAGUUGUUUGCUUGGAGUGUUCAGAGAGUUUUAGGAAUUCACAUUUAUUGGAUGAGCACUAUAAAGCCGCGCAUGCAGUCAAUUUUACAAUUCGUCCGGACGAAGACAAUCGCUGUACGUACUGCAAGCGGCCAUUUGAGACCCGCGCUAAGAUGCACAACCAUGUUCAGAGAAUGCAUGUUGAUGGUGGCAAGAAGUAUCAAUGCGAUCAUUGCAAACGUCUAUACUAUUCAAAGGGCGAAGUUCGAUCUCACAUUAAAUGGACCCACUUGCAACACGCAGGCGGUCAUGCCUGUACCUGUGGCAGAGUGUUUAGGACCCCAGUUCGUCUGCGAGACCACAUCGCGACUCGCCAUUUGGGGGCCGUCCCACCUCGGGACAAACAUUGUCCGCAUUGUCAAAAGGCGUUUGCGAAUCAGCAAGUUCUAACUCGGCACAUAAAGUCGCAUGCAGGUGAGCUGUUCCCAUGUACCGAGUGUGGAAGGGAGUUCAAGACGCAGUCUUAUGUCAAGGUGCACUACCAGGUCGCGCAUUUGCACAUGACGCGUGCACAAAUACGAAGGCAGAAUAAGAGGAAACUUAUCAUGGUGGAGGAUAUGAAUCCUGAAUCACCAACAAAUGAAGAAGAGCUGUAUGGUUGUAAUGAGUGUGGAAAGAAGUUCAAAACUCAAUCUUAUGUCCGCAUUCACUAUUUCACCAAACAUCUGAAUAUGACUCACGCGCAGGCGAAAAAGAAAUGCAGGGAAUUACGUUCAAUAACCCAAGUGCCUGGAUGUUCCAAAGAUCCCAUGCAAAUUGAAGAAGUAUUUGUCAAGACCGAACCAGAAGAUGCUGAAGAACCGAACGGUAUAAAAAUACCAAUGUUUGAAACUUUUGUUGAUAUUCAGAGGGAAUCCAUCGUUUAGGUAUCGGAUUUUAGGCAUAGACUAAAUCCGUCGUUGUCAAUGUCAACUGACUCACAAAUACAUCAGUCUGUAAAUCUAUGAAAUGUCGACGGUUAUCUCCGAAACAGAUCCAUGUGAACAGAACAAUCCAGUAUGUACAGGAUGUAAGCUGUUAAGCACAUCAACUCUUGGACUAUUUGAGGUGUUUGACAAAAUUCCUAGCAUAAUUUUGUUACUACCUGAAACAUUCGCUCAAUUAUUAUAAAAAAAAUAUAAUAAACACCAAACUCAAUAAAGGGUAUGUAAUAUGACAGGCAUAUUUCAGAAUUUAUUUCAUUGAUAAUUUUCUUAAUGCUAACAAGUGGUCGCCUCUCUGUAACAAUCAAAGAUUGGGUAUUCGAAUUUCAUGGAAGAAUUAAAGUAAUUUUAAAAAUGUCACAAACUCAGAUGAAUCCUAGAACAGGGCAUAAAGUCAUAUGAGGGUUUAAGAAACAAAAUGGCUGGAGAAUAUAUAUUCGGUUGAUGGGGCUCAAUAUUUUUAAACAGCUCUCAGAAGCUUACAUCAGUAUAUAUCUCUUAUAUAGUUCCAUGGGAUCUAGUUUUGUAUCAUAUCUAAUCUAAACAUUGUUAAGUUAGUAAUAACUAUUGUAUAGUUAAGGUUUUGCUCAAACUUAUUUUGAGUAUGCACUAGGUUUAGUGUUUGUUAUUUAAUUGCAAAUUAUAUAACUUAUAUUUUUGUUUCUCCAUAAGAAAGAACUCUAUUAAACUAAAACUAUACUUCUAUUUCUAAUAUUAAAAAAUAAAUAUUUUGUUGUAUGUUACAUCACAAUACUUGCCCACUUAUAAUAAUAAUUUAUCACAAUAUUACAAAUAUAAACCCCUUGUUUACAAAUUUACUACAAGUCUUUGUUGUAUUUCAUGUCAACAUUACAAAAUUAAGACUUAUAGGAAAUUUUCAAGUAAGACAUUAAAUAUAUCGCCCCUGGGGACAAAGUCGUAAAAGCAAUUCGACUUAGGGUCCUUCAAGAAAAGAGCGUACCAAUUCUUAAAAGGCCGGCAACGCACUCGCGAGCCCUCUGGCA